GUUUACUAGUAAUCAAUGGCGUGACAUAGCAUAGCACAGUUAAAGCUACUUGAAGAUCAUUCGUAUAGGUUGUAUUGAAUUUAUAUAAAAAGUAACGUCGAUGUGGAUAUUAUACUAAUGUUGUGUUUCUUCAUAACCAAGUAAUCGAGUAAUUCAAGUUACUUCUUAAUGAAUAAUAAGAAUUAUAUAUUUUAUUCAAUCUAAAAAAUAACAAGCUAUACUGAAUGACAGUGGAAUACAAAUUCUCUGCUAGCUACUGCAUUAUUAGAUUCCGUUAAUAGGGCAGCCAUAAAACAUUUUAAUCUAAAGAACCGAUGGAGCAACAAAGAGUGAAACGAUCGUGUGAUGUAAUUACAAUAAAACUAAAAUGACAGUGCUUGUGAUAUGUAAUAGCCAGUUAAAUGCAUCGUGAACGAUGGAUACAUCAAAUUUAAGACAUGUUAUGAUCUUCGAUGAAAAAUGUAAAGAAGAACAAACUUAAACAUGGGUAGCAGAGGAGUCGGGGAUAUUCCUACAAUAUUUCAUCCCCAGCAGACUCAUACCUCAAGUAUUAUUCUUGGUGAUAAUCAGCAGAACCAUGGCUCUCAAAACACUGCUGGACAAAUUACUCAUGACAAUUCUGGCUGUGAACAGCAACAAGGAUGUAGCGUUAGUGGUGGAUGUGGUGAUUCUGCACCGAGUUGUCGUUCUUUGGAAACAACUAGAAGCGGAGUUGGUUCUGGAGGGAGUGUAGAUAAUCAAGGGCACAAUACAAGUCAAACUCAAGUUCAGCCUCAUGUGACAGUACUUUAUCAACAAAGGCCCAACUCCUUAUCCACUUGUUACGCAUCUUGUUGUGCCGAAUCUGCAAAAAAGAUAUAUUUUGGAGUGUGCGUCACAAUAUGUGUCACAGCAAGUUGGGUCGGUGCAACACAUUGUAUCAGAUAUUUGUAUUUUUACAAAUACGAAACUCCUAAUUAUUCAUCGUUUUCUAACUCAUCUAUUACAGGGCGUCAUCAACAUACAGCUUCAUACAAUGCUCCAUUCUUCACAACCUGGUUUUGUACGAAUUGGGAAAUUCUUUACUUCCCAGUUUACUUCCUUUGCCAAUCUGCAAGAAUCAAAUGUAAUAGUCCAUCUGAAAUAAUUGCAGAGAGUUUACGAGGUUUCCGCGACAAAGGAUUUACCGGUGGUCGUUUUUUGAUCAGAUGUAGUCUUUUUUGUGGUCUCUGGGUAGUUACAAACUAUAUGUAUAUUUAUUCGCUCAGGAUACUACUAGCUACCGAUGUAAUGGCACUUUUUGCAACCAACGUAUCUUGUGUAUAUUUGUUAUCAUGGGUGAUCCUUCAUGAGCAAUUUGUUGGAGUAAGGAUAGUAGCAGUGAUUUUAUGCAAUACUGGAAUUGCACUUUUAGCGUACAUGGAUGGUAUUACUGGAAGUCCAACUUUAGGCGGCGUUGUUCUGGCAACAUCGGCAGCAGCUGGUUCGGCAGUUUACAAGGUGCUGUUUAAGAAAGUCAUAGGAGAAACAACAUUUGGUCAAAUGUCUUUAUUCUUUUCUCUUAUUGGGUUGUGUAAUGCGGCGUUGUUAUGGCCAAUUUGUUUGGCUCUUUACUUUUCGGGAGCAGAAAGCAUACACUGGGGACGAUUGCCAUGGACGGCAUUACUUUCAGCAAGCAUUUUGCACUUAGUUGCAAACAUGCUUGGUAACUUCAGUAUUGCUCUGACCUACGACCUGUUCAUUACGCUAGGAUUGAUCACCGCUGUACCUGUAUCUGCUGCAUUGGAUGUUCUUUUAUACGGAGCCCAUUUCAUGGGGAUGAAAUUGGCAGGAAUGAUUUUUAUAGCAGUCGGCUUCUUUCUCGUGAUGUUUCCAGAUAAUUGGCCAGAUUAUAUAACCAGACUGCUUCGUACCACGGGUGGGCAGCAACGCAGGAGUACUUUUGCUAGAAGCCGUUGUCCUUCAAUGCAACAACGGCAGUAUCGACUGCGAAGCUACGGUGUGCCGUCGACUCAUGGCGAUGGUCAAAUGUUACUACCAAUGAACAGCAGUAACAGCAGUCAAGUUAACAGCAACCAGUCAAGCAGCGAACCACCGAUGACAACGACCGCGAAUCUGACACAUCGGCAUAUUAACUCAUCCCAGCAGAACAACACGGCUUCCGAAUCCCAACGUCGCCGAGUCCCUAUUUCCAUCACGACCUCAACCUUGACUCCGAUUUCAACUUCCAUCACAACGACUAUCUCGACUUCGACCUCGACCUCAACCUCGAUCACAACCUCGACCACGACGAAUAGUCAUCAACGUUCCCAUCCUUCUGGCCUUCAGAACUAAUUUCAAGAUGGAGUAGAAGACACGGACACGGCGUAUCAGGAGGCACGCAACGUGACGUGAUCGAUUAUCGCACGGGUUACAUAAAAUCACACCUUCGUUCACCGUCGGGAAGAGUUCGGUGACUAGGUGUACUAUCGCUU